AUGACUCCUUUAAGUUCAUCAGAACGACGUAUAAAUGGUAUCAGAGCAACCCUGACAAUAGCAUAUACCGCCUCAUGGUACUGUUCUAUUAUCAUAGUCGUCCUAAUCUUGUUCAUAACCUUAAGGGAGGAGAAUUUCAACCCUUACGACGACAACGAUCAUCAUAACUAUUACUCUACUAGUAGUAACAACUUAAAAGCGAUGAAAGGUUCGAGCUUUCAUGAACAUCAUCGACCGUGCGAUGAAAUAUACGUUGUUGGUGAAGGUGAAACUCUUCAUACUAUUAGUGACAAGUGUGGUGAUCCUUAUAUUGUUGAACGUAACCCUCAUAUUCAUGAUCCUGAUGAUGUUUUUCCUGGCCUUGUCAUCAAGAUUAUGCCUUCUCCUUCUAUCAAUACAAACAGGAAACUUUUAAGUUAG